AGUAAGAUCAUGAUCCUGUACAAAAAGUAUAAGUGAAAAAUCGAAGUAAGUACACAGCAACUUUUUCACAUUGGUGUUUUUUCUGGAUCCAGGCGCGCGUGUGUUCAGAGGACUAUAGCAGCCCUCGCCGCCUCCCCGGGCGGGGUAAAAGUACGGGCGGGCCGGGUUGACGCUUCGCUGUGCUGCGUUUUCAUGUCUAGCAUCGUGGCACUUCAGGCGGCGCUCCGGCGUUUUGCAUGGUUUAGCAAUUUCAAUUCGCAAUAGUCGUGCCAGCAGUGACGUCGUCAUACCAUCGGGUCUGCGUUCAAUCCGCAUGCUGCUAUGAGCUAAAAACUGACAGAAUCAAGAAUACCGUCGUGAUUGGCUGCAAGUUCUGCAAAAAAGUUCUCGAAUGCAAAACGCGAAUCAAAAAGGACCCCCGCAGACCCCCGCGCUGCGGAAACUGCCCCCCUUAUAAAAAAGGCUGGCGUUGGAUCGUGGAGCGCCUCAACUACAGGGACUACGAAGAAGCUAGUAUUUUUUUCGCGGAUGUAACUGGUAGUGGCGAGUCCUUUGGUCUGACCGUGGGGCUAAUGGAGGUUGAGCGAGGGAUGGACACGUUGCACCAUGUGCGUGAUGGAGUUGUAGGACAGGACCUUGGCACUUCUGCCAACGCAGGUUACGUCCUUCCUCUGUUUGGCACCUCUCCGCACCUGGUAUGGUAUAGUGACCCAAAUAUUACGGAUAUCGGCUGGCGGGUUGAGUAUAAGAUGAGAACUGCUCCGACAACUUCGCCUCCACUUUCGCCUACAACUUCGCCUCCACCUUCGCCUGCCCCGAUCGUGACUAGCACUGACGAGGGGGACAGCUCCGACGACGGGACGACGAUUCUGAUCAUCGUUGCCGCCUGCAUCGGGGGGUUCUGUGUCCUCGCCGGUGUCGCUUUCGGGGUGCGCACCGUGAUGAUGUACCACCGGCCAGAAACCUACAUCGGCGCGGCGGCAAGGCCGAGCCAGGUGGUCACCAUCGACCUCUCGAGACCUCCAUCGGCAGCCAACGUCGUGCCGGUGCCCGGUUUGGCGGAAAGCUGGAAGUCGUCCCCUGGUGGCGCCGCAUCUUCAAAAAAGUUCGUGAUUAGCCGCAGGGCACUCGAAGAAGAGAUGCGGGGUAUGCGAGAGCCGGCUCUGCCUUUGCCGGAGGAGGCGGAGCUUUCUGGGCGAAGAAGCGGACAAAGAAGUAGUGGGGCUUUCUACAACGUCUCCGUGAGUGGACCUGCUCUGCAAGGAGAGGCGGACCACGAAGAAGCGGCUGUUUCGCGCGCGGAGGGGGAGGCCUUCUGGGAGGAAGAGGCGGGAGAAGACGAUUGGCCGGGCGAGAUGGUCGGGCCGGCUGCGCUGGGCCAGGGAACAAGUGGGCGGAAGAAAAAAAGCAAGAAGUCGAGCAAGUUCUCGAGCUUUCCUCGGGAAGAUCAUGCAAUGGCAAAACCACAGUCGGAACGCCACGCACGGGGGGACCACUACGAUAGGUUCGCAGAGCACGCGGCCACAAUUUGCAAACACGACGACUGGGGCGACGAAGAUUCCUUCUGGCCCGAGCAGGACAACUGGGACGAGAAUUACUACGCCCACACAAAAGCCUCUCGCGGCUCUCGGCUUGCUUCCGGGCGGUCGUCGGGGGGCCAAAAGAUGGCGGCGCGCGGCGGAGACAAGCAUCUUCGCGAAGGACGGGCAAAUCGGUUGUGAGGAGCAGUGAAGGAGGAAGCAAAGCACGGGCGCAGGAAGAUGCUUGAUGCACGGCAUUUUUGACGCGAUUGCCUAGGAUGAAACUGGUGCUAAGAAGAUUAUAAAUGCUAGGCCUGGUUGUAAUGGUUUUGGCACUCGUUUUUUUUUCUUGUUGGCAUGUUUGUUUGCUUGAUUGUACGCGUGGAAACGUGAAUUUCCGGGUGAAGGUUUUGCCUUCUACUCACGUUCUAGCGCUACUCGGGAAGAACAGCCGCCGUACAUAAAUCUACUAUUACUUACUUAAUAUUUUCAGUUCUUACAUACAUCUACAUUACUACUUACUCCGAUGUUCACAUGGUUAUUGUUGUUCUUUUUUUAUCAAUCUUAAGCUGAUGCGGAUGCCAUCCAGCAGCGAUCGUGGCACUCGCCUCAGAAGAAUUUGUUUUCAUAUAAUAAGUUUACGCAUACCUACAUUCAUCUGAAAAGUGCAAAUCUGAAUAUCGCACCGAGCUGUAAAAAUUUUUUUCCUUCGGUUUGAUAGCACUUCUACCUCUGUUCAGUUGCAUAUGGCGGACGAGCGGCAUAAAAGUAAAAACAGCGGAAAACGAGUCUUCUUUUGUUCAUUUGGACCACGAAAAUCUGCGCAAAUGUGAAUCAAUUGUAUCGAGGUGGAGCCGGAGUGGUGUGUUUUCAAAAAAUACUGCGCAAACUAGG